UGUAAAACCCCCAAAUUUGGCACAUUUUCAACCCUAACUUCUUUUCUUCAUCACCGCCGGUGACUCAAGUCACCACAAAACCAAUCAUCGGCCACCAUAUACCACCGAUUUCUCUAAAUCCCACCAUCGACCACCCUUAAUUUCACCAAUUAACCACAAACUAACCAUCACGCUGCACUAAAUCACCAUCUUCACAUCUCCGAUUUCAUCAUAAACCAACAUCAAUUUCAAGUUUUUGAAGUGGGGUUCCAUAUUUACGGCCGAUUCUCAUCACUUUUUGCUUUAAAGUCGUCGGAACGGAUGUCAGGUGAGGCAUCGUCUUCGGGUACUAAACGAAAGAGACGUGCGUCUACUCGUUCACAGGGCACGGCUGAGGCACAGCCGCGACCAGCCAAUGUACCACUUAGGGAGUUUCAGUAUCGUGGACCUGGGAUUCCACAUGGGCAGAGCACGCUUUUACGAGACAGCCCGUUAUUACAGUUUGUUGAGGAGACAGCUGAGUAUUCGAGAUAUCAUGCCGUGAGGGCAGUGAAGCUAUUAGAUUUUCGUAGGAUUGAUUGGGAGUUGGUAGGACGAUUGGGUCAGGUAGAGAGAUUACAGCAGCUCUUGGGAGAAAAGUUUAGGCUGGUUUUAAAUUGUGAUGCCCCCCAGUAUUACGAGCUAGCAUUAGAGUUUCAUUCGACAUUUCAGUACAGGCAUGUAGGGGGUUUGAUGAGGCGGAGGUAGUAUUGUUUGCUUUGGGAAAGAAGAUAUUUAAUAUGACUCUGCCUCAGUUCGCGAUGGCGAUAAGAUUUUACACGCAGCAGGAGGUAGCGGAGCCUGGGUUUGUGAGUUUGUUGAGGGGAGUAAUGAAGAAACAGCAGGAUCAUUGUGUGAUGAAAGAGGAUUUAGCUAGGUUUUGGGUUACUAUUGCUACGUCGCCAUUUUCAAACAACAUGGUGGCUUCAGAUAUCAGGUAUCCACUUUAUAGGUUUGUGCAUAAGAUUUUGGCAGCCACACUGAUUGGUAGGCAUGAGGGUGACAACAAGGUGAAUCAUCAUAGUCUUUUCUGCUUGAUGUGCAUGGUGGAGGGCUGACCGGCCAAUUUAGCUAGCAUCUUUGCGUGGUCGAUGACGAGACCGAAGAAAGGAGGGAGUAAGUCUCGGUUGUUUUGUGGACCUUACAUCACUUGGUUAGCGGACAAUUUAGUGGUGUUUGUUGAUUAUCCUGCUAACAGGAUGCAUACCGGUCCAGCUCCUUCAUUGAUGGAGCUGAGGAGUUUUCAGCAGGCAGGGAUUGUUACUUAUGAUGAGCCACCAGCCUGGUCAGCGAUAAUAGUGGGGCCUCAGGUGCAGCCUUCACCAGGGUCUGCAGCAGAUGCCGCUAUGCAGGCUGCGAUUCCCCCGCGAUAUCAGGUGCCCCGUGUUAGGCGUGAGCUACCUGCACGCCUUUAUCCAAUUAGGGGGUCGCAGCCAGAUCCUUUGACUUUAGAGGUAGUUUAUGAUAGGGUGGAUGGUUUAUAUGAUUAUGUUGAUCAGUUGAGGCAUGUGGUUGAGACAGGACAGAGGCGUGUAGAGGAUGGCAUGAAGGUGUUGAUAGAUCACUUUCAGUUGCAGCCACCGCCAUCUUGGGAGGAAGGUUUUGAGGAGCAGUGGAAUGGAAAUGGCGAGGAUGAUGAGGAGUAGGUUGAGUAGAUUGAGGAUGCAGCAGCACUGACAGACUAUAUCUUUUGUUUAUUUUUCUUUUAUGCUGUUUUUAUCCUUGUAUUUUGGUCUAUACUUAUGAUACUUAACCAGGUUGGUAGGAUUUGGGAUUGGUUGAUACACACUGUUGGAUGGUUGUUUUUUGGAACUAAUGUUAGUAUGGUAUAUAUUAUGUAGCGUUUUGGUA